CUUACGAGUCUCCCGCAGGACAUCGAGCUGCUAGAUGUAGUUGCUCAUGAUGGCCAUCAAUCAAACUACGGUCAGACAGAGUUAGCAGGAUGGCCAAUAUUAGAACUCAGGAACCGGUAAGCAAUGGUUUUCUUAGGGUCUUUUAUUCCACUAUUCCUGACUGUCCUGCCUCAGUGCAAUGUCGAUUUGCUGGCAGCAAAACUCUGUACCUCGGCGGUCUCAAAUUCCCCAAGCAGCGACUGUGCUUGAUCAGCGUAUCAUUAUGGGAAAUGCGACAUACAAUCCUAUCAUCGUUCCACAAGAAAGUCUUGUGAUGCUCGAGAUCUAUCAGCAACCUUUUGGGCAGCCCACCAGCGAACACCGAACCGUAUUUGGCAAUGGCUUGACUGAACAGAGCCUCUAUGCACGCAAUAGCGAUGGCGUACCACAGAUUUUAAUGUCAUACGUAACACCGACUCAUGAGCAGUCACGGUAUUUUCAGGCACAAGCAUCCUCACUGGGCUUGGGAGCGUUAGCCAAGGAACAUCUCUCCAUAGCUGUGGUCGGGAGUGUUGCAGAUCAACAGUUGAGUCAGGUAUUUGGGUGUAUGCUACACCAAGGGAUCCAAGCUACCAUCCACGUGCGUUAAGACGAGACAAAUGGAAAGGGUACUAUAAUGCUGCUUAGUAUAAGAAU